AUGUUACGGGGGGUCUUCAGAGCACUUCCCACCAUACCCAUGAGGUUUAUGAGUGCUGGGCUGUUGGUCAGACGCACAUUCGUUAUGCCCCAGUUCGUCAAACCUCAAGAAUUCGCCAUCAUACACGAGAAACUACCAGUUACGAUCGGAACUAUUACUCGUGAAAUUCAAGAAAAUCAAAAGGUACUUGACGCUUUUGGUGACCUGACUGAAGAAGUCGACAGAACCAUGUAUCUUGAUUCGGUUUUAAGAAAGAGACGAUUGAAGAUGAAGAAGCAUAAGUUGAGAAAGAGAAGACGUGAGCAACGAGCUUUGAAGAAGCGGUUGGGUAAAUUGUAA